UCUGACGAAACAUCUUUACGACACUCAAAGUAAACACAAACUGCUUUACAGCAGCACUUAAACAUGGUGUCCCAAUUUAGCGGUGUUUUGCAGUUGACAGAUCUAGAUGAUUUUAUCACUCCUUCCCAGGAAUGUGUGAAACCAGUCAAGGUGGAGAAGAAGCAAGGCAGAUCUGUGGCUAAAAUUCAAAUAGAAGAUGAUGGGAGCUAUUUCCAGGUUAAACAGGAUGGUGGAAAGCAGAAGCUGGAGAAAGCUAAGAUCACUCUGAAUGACUGCCUGGCCUGCAGUGGCUGCAUCACCUCAGCUGAGAGUGUCCUUAUCACACAGCAGAGUCAUGAAGAGAUUUACAGGGUGCUACGCAACAACAAGCAGGCAGGUGUAGCAGAGCAGAAGGUGGUGGUGGUGUCUGUGUCCCCACAGUCCAGAGCCUCCCUGGCAGCACGCUACGGCCUGAGCAGCAGUGAGGCAGGCAGGAGGCUCACCGCCUUCUUCAAGGGUCUGGGGGUUCACCAUGUGUUUGACACCAGCUUCAGCAGGACCUUCAGCCUGUUGGAGAGUCAGAGAGAGUUUGUGGAGCGGUUCCAUCGGAAGGAGCAAGACAAGCAGGCCCUGCCCAUGCUGGCCUCUGCCUGCCCAGGUUGGAUCUGCUAUGCAGAGAAAACCCAUGGAGAGUUCAUCCUGCCCUACGUCAGCUCCACCCGCUCCCCACAGCAGAUGAUGGGCUCUCUGGUGAAGGGCUUCUUCGCUGGCCAGCAGGGCCUGAACCCACAGCAGAUCUACCAUGUGACUGUGAUGCCCUGCUAUGAUAAGAAACUGGAGGCCUCCAGGCCUGACUUCUACCUGGAGGAGGCUGACACCAGAGAGGUGGACUGUGUCAUCACUUCAGGAGAAGUUGUGAAGAUGCUAGAGGAAGAGAAAGUGUUGCUCAGCGAUGUGGAGCCAGCCCCAUUAGAUACAAUGUUCAGCAGUGUGUGUGGUGAUGAGUUGCUGGGCCAUGCAGGGAGCGGUUCAGGAGGAUACCUCCAUCACGUGUUCACACACGCUGCCAGACAGCUGUUUGGAGAGGAGGUGAAGGAGCUCACCUACAAGACACUCAAGAACAAGGACUUCCAGGAGGUGACCCUGGAAAGGGACGGUGUGGUCGUGCUGCGUUUCGCCGCAACCUACGGUUUCCGCAACAUCCAGAACCUGGUGCAGAAACUCAAGAGGGGAAAGUCACCCUACCACUUCGUAGAGGUCAUGGCCUGUCCGUCAGGUUGUCUGAAUGGGGGAGGCCAGGUGAAGCCCUUACCAGAGCAGAACAACAAGGAGUUGCUGCAGCAGGUGGAGGAUCUGUACAAGGAGGAGCGCCCUCUAGUGCCAGAGGAGGACCAGCACGUGGCAGAGCUUUACCAGUCCUGGCUACAGAGUGUAGGAGAGGAGAGAGCCAGGGAACUGCUGCACACACAGUACCAUGCAGUGGACAAGGCCACCAACGGACUCCUUGUCAAAUGGUGAAGAAGAGGGUGAAAGGAUGUUGAAGGGUUUAUGUAAGUGAAUGGUCUGUCCUCAAGUGUCAGGGUGCAUCUCAAGUGUCUAAAGUAGCCCUCUCUGUUUCAUCUCCAUUGAGUUUAACACAGGUUAGGUGGAAGCAACAUGGCCGGUUCUUGUUGGGUAUUUUCUGUCACCUUAAUUACUGUGGUGGCCUGUCAUUUAUUUAUUUGAAAAUAAAGAGAGCCGGAGCUCUCAGGAGCACAGGAGCUCAGAUGCAAAAAUUUGAUGAAGACAGCUUGGUUGUAGAAACGUUGAUAAUUCAAUUUUUGCAUCUGAGCUCCUAGAGUGUGCGGCUCUCUUUUAUUUUCAAGUUUUCAACUCCGCUAGCAAGCACCUAGCCAGCACGCUAGCCAGCCAGCACCUAGCCAGCACGCUAGCCAGCCAGCACCUAGCAGCGCUAGCCAGCCAGCACGCUAGCCAGCCAGCACCUAGCCAGCCAGCACUAGCCAGCACGCUAGCCAGCACCUAGCCAGCACGCCUAGCCAGCCAGCACCUAGCCAGCACGCUAGCCAGCACGCUAGCCAGCCAGCACCUAGCCAGCACUAGCCAGCCAGCACCUAGCCAGCACGCUAGCCAGCCAGCACCUAGCCAGCACGCUAGCCAGCCAGCACCUAGCCAGCACGCUAGCCAGCCAGCACCUAGCCAGCCAGCACCUAGCCAGCACCUAGCCAGCACGCUAGCCAGCCAGCACCUAGCUAGCACGCUAGCCAGCCAGCACCUAGCCAGCACCUAGCAAGCACGCUAGCCAGCCAGCACCUAGCCAGCACCUUGCCUAAAUAGGUGUGUGUUUAUUUUUCUUCUAGAUCUGUCAUUUAUUUAUACCAACAUAAAGCCUGUAUACAUUCAGGCUAUAGAUUAUAUACGCACAAGCUAAUUCAUACCAGACCACUGGUAUGGUCGGACAAUUAUUACUACAUUUAAGUGUGCACUAAUUAUGAAUACAGCAGCAAAUUCUGUUAUUUCUCUUGUAUGCACUGAAAAGUAUUUGGACUCUUGAAAUGUUUUCUAAUGGAAUAUUUUAGUUUAGUUUAAAUGUAUAUCAUUUCUGCCUUAUUUAUAAUAAAUCUAUGAUACAUAUUUUGCAUAUUAAAAUGUUAGUGUAACUUUCAAGUACGUUAUUCACCAUGUACCAGCAGUCAUUGAUAUACAUACUGACACGAUACUAAGGACGUUUUAGCUGUAGAAAUAAGCAUACACUUUCAAGAUUUACAUUCAUGUUUUCAGAGUUUUCUUCCUUUGUAUGGCAUGGUGAGAACAAGAGGCACAUACCUUCAUACGGUAUGCUCUGUCAGUUAAGUAGCUAGGUUCAACCAUUUAAUAUGGACUAAGUAAUAUUAGCAAUGUCAAAAUAUAUUGCUUAUAUAUUAAACUAAAUGUUUAGCAGCUCUUUUGUUAUAGAUGUGGUGAAAUGUUAAUACAGAAUGUCAAGCAAACACCACCGUUUUACCCUAAGAAUUCUGCAAGCGGGUAAUAGUCAUUAGGGAUAUGAAUCUCUCACAAAUAUGAAAUGAAUUGUUAGGCCAACAAUAGAAACAAUCUGCUUUAUUGCUUUUUCUGUGAAGGAGACAAUGGAGCUUUUAAUAAAACCUAUGCAUCACGAACUUCACAUUGGCACUCAAAGCCUGAUGUAUGUGUAUAUAUAUGGAGCUUUUGAUUAACAAAGA